GGCAGAUGUGGAUCUGGGUUCUGGUAUGGAUGCGGCGGACAAACGCGGCGGUCUGCUCGCCAACGGCAGAUUGGCGUGAUCCCAGAGUCGAGAAGGCCUAGAGCGGUAGUGCGGUACGGUCGCACGAAAGUAGCGGGAGGGAGGGAGGGAGGAGGGGGGCAGGUGGGUUAAAAAAAGAGGACCAGCGAAAGUGGAGGAGGGACGUGGAACAAAGGCUGGCGGUACGUAUCGAGCAGGACAGUGACACAGGGCACACACACACUCACACACACGCGCGGCGCUGGAGAAAGAGGGAGGGAGAAAGAGAGAGCACAGUGAGGUCAGAUGGGCGGCCGGCGGGGUGGCAAUCAAGGUUGCAGGCAGCAGAGCAACGCAGUCAUGCGGCUGGGAAAGUGGCUCGCAAGGAAACCGAAGGGAAAGGAACGGGCACGAAACACAGAGCCGGGCGGCUCUCAUAUGAUGAUGGCGACGAUGCGUUUGAGGCAAGUGAAGGGAAUGCCGGCCUCUGUGUCCAGCGAGGGCGCGCGCUUCUUGUUCGCAGCAGCGGUGCUUGGGCAUGAUGCGAAACCGACUGCGCGCACUGGGCUGGCCGCGUGCAAUUCGUCAGCCGGCAGCCUCAGGCCAGGGAAGGCGCUGGAACAGAUUAGAAAUGAGCUCCAGGAAGGCGCGAGCUGCCUCGCUUCGGCCGGCCGCCAUUGGUGGAUGCGCGGGCUGUCCAUGUGGUUGGCGAGCACCCUGGAAGGCGUUGGAAAGAGUGUGAAUCAUCCGUUGCUGGCAGUUGUCGACGCAGACUGCCGCUGAGCACUUGGCCUCAGUCCUGCGUCCAACGAGCCGGCGUGACUGAGCUCGUCCUGGGCCUGGCUUGCUCUUUGGCACCACCCGCCGGACAAGGGUUGUUGGGCCCAGCGCCACCUUCGCCGUGCAUCUUGACCCUUUCGGCGCCGUUGGAGGGCGCACACGCUCUCUUGCUCGCUCUCAAUCACAUGUGUGCACACACGCACGCCACACACCUUCACUCAACUCGCACACACACACACACACACACACACACACAACACACACCCUCCCACACACGAACACACUCUCCCUCUCGCUCGCUCGCCUUCCCUCCACGCUGUCCUCUCUCCCCUUUGCGCUCGCCUUCACGUUGCCUCCCACGCGCGUCGUGCUUCUGCGCACGCACUCCCCCCCCUUCCACCCCCCUCUCAUCUUCUUCUAUCUUUCUCGUGGGUGCCUGCACGCCUCUUCCCAACUCGUUCGCAGCGCGACCCAGCCGCCCGGCUCCUCGACCCUGUUCCAUGCCCAGGCCGUCAUCAUCGUCAACCAUCAUCGCCCUCUCAUUCCGCCGACAUAUCCCACCCACACCGCGCUCGUCGACAAUCCUGCUCCACCCUCCCAACAAUCGCAAUUGACCUUCUGUACUGCGCUCAAUUGAGGCAGCUCCUCUUGCCCCGGCUGCCGUCGUGUCCGUCAAUGGCAUCAAUUGGGUCCAGCGCACCAACACGUGGCGCCCUUUGCUGUUGCGCCCCGAAAUCCAGGCAGCAAGCGAGGCGCCGAAUUGUCAUGCUCUCGCGAGACAGCCUUUUCUUGUUCCUCCCGUGCCACUU